UAUAUAAAGAAAUAAACUAAAACCGAACAGAACACCAAAGAUAUCGCACACCUUCCAGGCCUCAACAUACUGUCUAUUUAAAAUGUUGAUUCAACAUUUUGACGGUGACGGUUAAAAAAAAAAGAGUAUUUAAAACAGUUCUAUUUAGUUUUUGAGUUUCUGUUCCUUCCACUGUAAAGCAAGAGCUUGUAUUAUUGAAAGAAAGAAAAAAAAUCCUCAAAUCAUAUACUUUGGUGAGAGAUUAUACUUAAAUAUACUUUUCACUACUCUUUUAGUUUACAAUUCAGUUACUUUCAAGUUUAAUUGAAAUCAUUUCAACUUACUUUAAUACAAUUCAACUCAAUUCAAUGCAAUUCAGUUCUAUUCACCUCAGUUCAUUGGAAUUUAAAUAAAUCCUUUUAUGUCAAACUCAGUUCAUUUUAGUUCAAUUUGUAUAUUAGUUCAGUUCAGUACAUCUAUAGUCUAUACCUGCUUAUUCUUUCAUGUCAAGAGGUCACUAGUCAAGAGGUUCACCCCUGAACAAACCAAUCUAUCACAGGGUCAUACAGAACAAAAAACUGUGCAACCCCACACACAGAGCAAAAGAAAAUUAAAAAUGACAAAUUAAUCUAAUAGUCUUGUUUUCAUGUUUUAACUCAGUUCUGGUAAGUUCAGUUCAACAAAAAACAGCUAUAAAAUGCAACUGGAUCCAUGUCAGUUUCAUGAAAUUCAGUUUAGUUUGGUUUAUUUUUUUCAGUACACCUCAGCUAAGCUACUUUUGGUACAAAUCUUUGCAUUUCGACUUCAUUUUAUUCAGUUUUAAAUUUUUAUAGAACACUUUUCCAAAGUCUUAGAACAUCUAGAACAUACUCAUUCAACUCAGUUCAUAUUCUUCAAGUAAACUGUAAUUUCAUUUAGUCCAAUGCGGUUAAAUUGAAUUGAAUUAAGUUGAUUUCAACCAAAUUCUGGUCAAUUUGUUGUAAUUCCACAUUACAAAUAUAUAUUAUAUAAAACAGUCUAAUACUCCAGUAUUAUAACAUUGUCUCCAACACAAUCAGAGAAUGUCCAACUUUUGCUAUCUUGCUGAAAAGUAGUAGGUAUUUUGUGACACAUAGGAAUUCAUUGAAGAUAUUUUAAAAUAUUUUUUUCCUCUUCAAAAAAAAAAAUAAAUAAAUAAAUAAAAUCCACAGGGAGCUUCACUUUUACUUUUGGAUGGAUAUGAUUCAAAAGAACUUACCUCAUACCUUAAAGGAAACAUAUUAAAUCCCUUUUGAAAAAUGACCAAGGUGAACACCAGAAAGUUAUAUUAAACAAACAAAUUACUGUGAUAGACAAAGAUUAGGCUUUACUCUAUCACCUGCUGAACUUAGUGCUCCUCACUCCAGAUAUCAACUUAAACAAAUCCACAGCAGGCAUUUUUUGUUUUGUUUGAGAAAAAAUACAGUACUCUCCAGCUCCUAAAUGAUGAGCAACAGCUGGACCAUGAGCAUAGCAGCCAACCGGUCAUGUAAUCCAUCAGCUAAUUGUUUACAGUUUUGAUUUGCUGUUUCCAGUUCACUGGAAAGUGAUAAUUAUGAGCUCUCUGUGGUGACUCAGAGUCUGCAAACCUGAUAGUGGAGGGGAAGUUGAGAUGGAAAGAACCUUUUAGGAGGAAAACUGUCAUUGUAAAACAGCUUGUUGCCUCACUGUGCUCUCCUGGUGUAAGAGGACAGGUAUUCCCCUGGAUGAAGGCUGUUGGUGUCGAUGGUGGACAAAUAAAACUCCUCAGCGGUCUGAGGAAUGGUCUUCUUCUGGUACACCAGGUCUGUGGUCUCAUAAGGAUGUCAAUUUUAUUUCAACUGUGACAAAUAAAUGUAUAUCUACUUCAGAAAUUAAACAUACUUGACAGGAAAGUGGAAAAUCGUCUACAAUGCAUAUUUCCUGGCGUUCUUGAAUGGCACACCUGUCAAAAUUUCAUCCCUUGAAUAGGACACGCCCCCUCCAGAGGGGUGAAUGUACAAUCUCAGGCCUCGUCGGCUCCUCAUUGAAGUUCUCAUUUUUUGAAAGGAAGAUCUGAAGCAGAUCAUGUCCAGAGUGGAGGUGUUCAGGGACUCCAACCUUCGCUCUCUGCUGCGCGAGCUGCGUACUGACAUAGCGAUGGCGGUGGAUGACCCUUUUCCUGUUGUGUAUGGCUUGGCAGACAAAAACAUAAUCACAGAACAACAGUUGCAGGAAACUCUUAAGAAGGAAGGGAGUGAGGGGAUUCACAAAGCCAUGUACUCUCUCCUUUCGUGGCUGUUGGAGCAGAGCAGAUCGACUCUCCAGGCUUUCUGGAGCAACCUAUCCAAGGACUACAACAUGGACAGCUACCCCAAGCUAAAGGCACUUCUCGCUAACCAGAAUACCAGACCGGAUGCUCCACGGCCCAAAGCUGAAAACAGAUCUUAUGGAGGAGUAAAAGCUUCUCACAGCAAGAAGAGGAGACAUGAGGACAAGGGAACAAAUGUUAAGCAUUCAGAGUAUCAUGCUAAGACAAGUGAUGGAACAGUGAGUAAAGUCAAGUUGUACAGAGUGAAGAGUGAAGCGCGAGCACUGCAACUACCAUCUGGAAACAGUCUGCAGGUGGUAUCUUCUGUUCAGAGAGGAGUAGCCCUUUCCUCUUCUUCAUCUUCCUCCUCUUCAGAUCUUCCUUUCAGCCAGGACAAAAAAGAAAACAUACAAAUCAAACAGGAGUGUACUGCACUGGAUGGCUCUGUCAGAAAGUGCAUCAAAGGUGCUGAAGGUUUUCACUCGUACAGUUUAGCAGAGAAGUCCCACGAAAAGUCCAAAUCUGCGAGUGCCAGGUUUACCCACCAGGGGGAGGCAAACACAAUAACAAUACACUCUAAUGAUGAUGAGUGUGCGGUGUGUAAGGAUGGAGGGGAGUUGAUUUGCUGUGACGGCUGUCCUCGGGCCUUUCACCUGACCUGCCUCAACCCUCCACUCACUUCCAUACCGAGUGGCUCUUGGCAGUGUGAGUGGUGCUAUGGGCUUAGAAUGAAACAAGAAAAUGCUCUACAGCUUGUCCAGGUUCUCCCCACUCAGCCUCAGCAAACCAGCGUAAACAACAUUAACUCCAUCUUAGACAACUCUUUCUACCCCACUUUACACACAGCCUCUAUCAAAGCAUCGAAUGGCAAAAACCAGUGCUCAGGUGGAGAGAUGGUCGCCCUGAGGGAGGUCUGUGGUGUUUGUCACCUUGGAGGAGAUCUGACUCAAUGCCUUCAGUGUUUAAAGCAUUUUCAUGCACUUUGCCACUUUUCCAAGGGAAGAUCUGUCUGCUUGUCCUGUUCUAGACCAUGGAGCAGCUCUGCAGAGAAAGAAACCGAGCCCAGAGGCAUGCAGCUUGCACCUUCAGUCCAGAACUCAUUCAGUCAAGAUCAGAGCACUUCCUUCUCUGAACCAGUCGUCAGUAAGGAUGAACUGGACUCCAUCUUGGGAGAUCAGAACUCAAUUGACGGCCUGUUGCAGUGGGCCUUCCACAACAUCUCCAGGCCUCUCCCAGACUCUCAGGGAUGCUACAAGUGAAACACAAUUAUGCGCUCCGGUUUAUAAAAACAGGAAUGAUAAAUUGACCCCUGGGUAAUUGAAUUCAAACAGCAUAGUCACUCAUGAGUUAUAGUCUCUCUCCCACUUUAAUUUGGAAAUGAAUGUUUUAUGAUUGACAGUUUAAUUUUAAAUUGCUUUAGAAUUUUUCCCUCCCACUUUUCUCUGUGUGUUUUCUGUUCUUGUGCCAAUAAUCUUUGAUUAUAUGACCUUUGAAAAAACUUUGAACUUUAAUAAUUUUUUGUCAGCUUACCACAAACCUGAAAGCAUUUUAGAAGGAUUUGGUGUGAUUGAGUAUUGCAGAAUGGUGAAGUGGAAGUAAAAUAUUUGCAAAGCGUCUCAGAUCAGACACUCCAGUUGGAUGGAGAAGACCUCUGAAAAUAAGUUUUCAAAGUUUCCAGAGUCCCAGUUUGAUUUAUGUUUGGUAUUUGACUAUGCCAUUUAAACACAUUAAAGUGCUUUGAUCUAAAACACGGUA